GCGGAACUACCCGGGACAAUGUGGCAAAUCAUUGUCCGCUCCCUGCGCCGGGCCAGCUCCCGUGGCUGGCGGAGGCGACUGCCCUGGCCCGGCCCCACGCCUGCAGCCCCACGGAGCCGCAGCCCCGCGUGGACCCUCGCGACAGCCUCCGCCCAUGGACUUGCCUCCAUGUCCCCCUCCAUCCACUUCUCGCCCGCCACCCGCAGCCUCUUCGAUGAGCCGCUGGCCAUCACUGUGCAGGGCCUCGGCCCGCGACAGCAGGUCACACUGAGGACAUCCUUGAGGGACGAGAGGGGAGAGCUCUUCCAGGCCAGUGCCCUCUACCAGGCGGGGAACGACGGGGUGCUGGACCUCGCCCGCUGCCCGGCGCUGCCGGGAGGCAGCUUCUCCGGCCUGGAGCCCAUGGGGCUGCUCUGGGCUUUGCAGCCCCAGAAGCCCUUCUGGCGGCUGGUGAAACGGGACGUGCAGAGCCCCUUCGUCCUGCAGCUGGAGGUGUUGGAGGGCCACGGGAAGCCUCCCGGGCGGCUCCUGGCCCAGGCGCAGCACGAGCGGGCGUUCCUGCGGGACGGGGUGCGGAGAGUCCCGGUGCGAGAGGGGAGGAUCCGGGCGACGCUUUUUCUGCCCCCCGGAAAUGGCCCCUUUCCAGGAAUUAUUGACUUAUACGGAACUGGAGGAGGACUCCCUGAAUACAGGGCAUGCCUGCUGGCCAACUAUGGCUUUGCUGUGCUGGCUCUGGCUUACUACGCCUAUGAAGAUCUUCCCAAAGAGAUGAAGGAAUUCCACCUGGAAUAUUUUGAAGAAGCUGUAAACUAUAUGUUGCAACACACCCAGGUUAAAGGUCCAGGAAUUGGGUUGCUUGGAAUCUCGAAGGGUGGUGACCUGUGCACCUCCAUGGCCUCCUUCCUAAAGGGCAUCACAGCCACUGCCCUUAUCAACGGUUCAGUGGCAAAUGUGGGUGCAGUGCUCCGCUACAAGGACAUCAUCAUUCCACCUCUUAGUUUCAAUUUGAAACGCAUCAAGGUCGGCAAGUCCGGGAUUGCUGAUAUUUUGGAUGCAUUGGGCAACCCACUAGAAGGGCCUGACCAGCAAAGCUUUAUCCCUUUAGAGAAGGCCGAGUGUCGCUUCUUAUUCAUUGUUGGCCAGGAUGACCGCAACUGGAAAAGCGAAUUCUUUGCAGUUGAGGGGAGCAAACGUUUGCAAGCUCAUGGGAAGGAAAAGCCUGAGAUAGUCUGUUAUCCUAGAGCAGGGCACUACAUUGAACCUCCCUUUUUCCCAAUGUGUGCAGCCUCGAUGCACCUGCUAGUUGGCAAACCUGUGGAGUGGGGAGGGGAGCCCAAGGCACACUGUGAGGCACAGAUAGAUGCUUGGCAGCAGAUCCAAGCUUUCUUCCACAAACACCUCACAGGCAAGCCAUCUGGAACAUCCAGUAAGCUGUGAUGUGAAGUAGGUUACUUUACAGAUGAAGAUGCUGGUGUUUCAAGAUUGCUUUGUUAAAUGGUUCAGAAUGAGAACAAGGAACAUCAGAGAAUAAGCUAUUGGGUUUCUUGAAAGAUGAGAGCAGGCGAAACCAUGAAAGCUGCUUUGUUUUUACACCCUCCUCUAACCUUGGUUAGAGGUUUGUGGCCUCCUGUUCUGUGUAGUAUAGGAUUAAAAGCUGUGGAAGGCAAAUGU